AUGCCUUUUCGGUUCGGUUCAUCUGCUUCGUCUACAAUAUCUGGGACUACAGAGACCCCAUCCCUCAGAUCUAGCACUUCUCCAUUUGGUUCUUCAACCUCUAGUGGUUCUCCGUUUGGUUUGCCAGCUCCUAAACCGAUUGGUUCAAGCUCUGGUUUUGGUCCGAGCUCUUUGGCAACCAACUCUAAUAGCUCCAGUAGCCCCACUUCUAGCUUAUUGAGUUCCACUAGGCAACCCCCAAAGUCUUCCAUUUUCAGUUCUACCACGGAGUCCCCAGCCACUGUUUUCUCAUUUGGUGCAUCGUCCGUUUCUGCUGCUGCUGCCAACAGUGCACCUAUGGUGUUUGGUUCUUCAUCAGGUUCUCUUUUCUCAUUCACGUCAGCUGCUGCUGCUUCUGCCUCUUCUUUCCAAACGCUGCCUGUGUUCAGUAGCGGUGAUCAGAUGAACAUGGAGGAUAGUGUGGAUGAGGACCAACCCAUACAGGCAUCCACCCCUACGGUUCCAGUGUUUGGCCAAACUCCUAUCUCAAAUCCAUCUUCCGGAUUUGUGUUCAGUCCAGCAGUUCCAUCAGCGGGAAAUCCCUUCCAAUUUGGGGGCCUACAGAAUCAAAGCACCCCACAGAACCCAUCUCCGUUUCAGACAUCUGGCAGUCUGGAUUUCGCAGCUGCUGGCAAUAGCUUCUUUUUGGGUUCUACCAGCGAUGACAAGGCUAAUAGGAUGAUAGUGAGGGUUAAACACAAACCCCAAAGGAGUUCAGCAGUUCCGUCAGCGGGAAAUCCCUUUCAAUUUGGGAGCCAACAGAAUCAAAGCACCCCACAGAACCCAUCUCCGUUUCAGACAUCUGGCAGUUUGGAUUUUGCAACUGCUUGCAACAGCUUCUUAUUGGGUUCUACCGGCGAUGACGAGGCUAAUAGGAGGAUAGUGAGGGUUAAACACAAACCCCGAAGGAGGUAAAACAUUGAAUAUCAAAGGUGUUUCGUUAUUUGGAAAUGCUAUGUCAUAUGGGUCAAUAAUGGGAAGAUGAUUUUUUUUUUUUUUUGGGUUGUAAUGGUUGGAGAAUAGUGGCUGAAGUUUACCGUUGUAUCAGUUUAUUUGAGUUUGUCAAUGUUAAUCAGAUCCUUCAGGUUUUUGAAGUCUGAUGCUUGUGUCUCAUUGGCAAAAAUGUCACAA